AUGUCAGAAAUUCCUGAAAUCCCGGAAUCGAUUUCCAAACUAGUGGGUCCUCUGCUGAAACGGGCGUCUGAAGUGAAACUUGUGGACCCUGCUGUGGCUUAUUUUUGUCUACUCCAUGCCGCUGAAUCUAUACUAAAUAAAGGAUUGCACCAAACAUCCGAUGAAGUGGCCAAGUUCGCCAUGACGUUGUUGGAUCUGGUUGAAAAAACGAAGUCCGAGGCUUCGGAAGAUCUUUUGGAACUGUUCAAUAACCAAGAAGCAGGAUUCCUACACACAGAACAGUUUGCUGUGGCUGUCUUCAACAAGGCAUUCUUGGACGUGCGAAAUAAGACAACCACCAAGGCUACUAUAGAUAAAUUCAGGGCAAGCUUGGUGUUUUUCGAUUUGUUGAAUCUUUGGGAUUUUCCCUUAUCUGAUGAAACUCUUAUGAAGGUUAAAUAUGCCAAAUAUCAUGCUGCAAGAAUCUUGAGAGCUUAUAAAGCCGGUCAGGAUCCUAAUGAUUACGUGCUAGACUCCCAAUCCAAUGAUGAUAUUCAAGAGGAGUCAAUUGAUACCACUAAUCAGAACAACCAGACUAAAGAAGAUACCAAGCCUGUGUUGUCCAUCAGUUCUCCGGAGCAUUCUCCCGAUCUCCAAGGAAAAUCUCCUUCCCCAGAUUUACCAUCUCCUCCAAAGUUUAUAAAAGACAACCAGAACAUUGUUGGUGACUCAGCCCUUCCUUCGGCUCCUACUUUUAUCAAAGGCGAUGACGCAAUGUUUCCCAAGACACCAUCGUUUAUUGAUGAUUCCAACAACUCGAAAAAGACAGAAAACAUUCCUGAAGAGGCUCGAGCCCCUUCAGCCCCAAUAAUCCCUAAAUCUCCCACUGCAGUUAAACCUAUGUCCAGUCCGGCUUUUCCUAAAACAAAGAAACAGUCUCAUUUGGGUGCACAAGAUAUAAAGGAAAUACUAGACACCGAGGAAUCCAUAACCAAAGCUCAAAAACACGCCAAGUAUGCCAUAUCAGCAUUGAACUACGAGGAUAUUUCCACUGCAACUAAAGAACUAGAGCUUGCUCUGAAGCUUCUAAAGUCGCUUAGUCAAUAA